GACCAAAAGUUUUCGUGGGAAAAAAGUCCAUGGAGAAUAUGACAUCAAAGUCGAGCAGGCACAAUUUUCAGAGGUCAGUUUGAUAGCUCAGGCUGAUGGGAAUUAUUCUGUAAAUGUGCAAGCUUUUCGAAAUGGCAUUAAAGUUGUCAAGUCAUUCAAGCCUGACUUUGUUCUUGUCCGGCAACAUUCGUUCAGCAUGGCCGAAAAUGAAGAUUUUCGUAACUUAAUUAUUGGAAUGCAUUAUGCAAGCAUCCCAAGUGUUAACUCUCUAGAGUCAAUCUUCAACUUCUGUGACAAGCCCUGGGUAUUUGCCCAAUUGGUGUCCAUCUAUAGAUCCUUGGGAGCAGAGAAAUUUCCUCUGAUUGAGCAAACCUUUUAUCCAAAUCACAAGGAAAUGUCUGCAGCAAUUUUUCGAUACGAGCUGUUUUCUAUCAGAUCAUUGAAUACUGAAUUUGCCAGUAUUCUUGUAAAAGCAUGUUUGCUAGAUCACUUAGCUCUACACUUUCGAGUUGUUGCACAGGAGGAUCUUCAUCCUCCAAUAUUUCUAGAUGUUGCAUUUUCACAUCUGUGA